UGUUUGAAAACGGUGAACAUAAAUGUUUUCUGUGUUGUAUGGGGGUGACUGUAGUGUUGCUCUGACUUCAUCGCCGACCCUGAGCCGAGCCGUGGCUCGUCAGUGAGGCUGCCCCCUGGUCUGCUGGUUUCCUCUCCUGUCUCCUCCUCGCUCCCCCAGUCAGGACUUCUGCUCUCACAGCAACAUGCUCCGGGUUUGAUGUCUUCUUUGUCAAAAUGCUGCGGGUGAUUGUUGAGUCUGCGAGUGACAUCCCCAAAAAGAAACUUGGGAAUCCUGACCCUAUAGCUGCGAUUGUGUUCAGAGGUGAAAAGAAGAAAACUAAAGCUAUCAACAAUGAAUUGAAUCCUGUUUGGAAUGAAGUGCUUGAAUUUGAUCUGAAUGGGUCUUCAUUGGAUGUGUCCUCUUUUAUCGAUGUGGUUGUGAAAGACUAUGAAACCAUUGGCAAAGACAAAUUCAUUGGCUCAGCAAAAAUCUCACUGAGAGACUUGGCAAGUGGUCACGCAAAGUCCCUCCCAUCGAAGAAUGUGCCCUUGAUUAACGAGAAACAACAGCCUAUCGGGGCAACCAUUAAUUUGGUGAUUGGGUAUGACCCGCCUCCAAACGCCACUCCCGACUUAAACGACCAACCAGAUGGAGAUGUAUCUCACGUGGAUUCAGGUGGCAAUGAGGAGGCUGAAGAAGGUGACACAGAUGUGGAUACAACAGCUCAUGAUGGAAGUCCAGGAGCUGCUUCCAGCCCGAGUCACCCUGGGAAGCCCAGGCACAAACCGAUCCGUCUCACUCGUCAGAGGCACAGAGCCCUGGCCAACAAGCUGCAGGACUUCCAGAUUCGUGUUCGGGUCAUCGAGGGUCGACAGUUGCCUGGCAACAAUGUCAAACCGGUGGUUAAGGUGAACGUUUGUGGACAGACCCACAGGACGAGAAUUAGAAGAGGGAAUAACCCGUUCUUUGAUGAGAUAUUUUUCUACAACGUUAACAUGCUCCCUUCAGAACUGUUUGAUGAAAGUAUUAGUCUGCGGGUUUAUGACUCCUACUCCCUCAGAUCUGACAGUCUGAUGGGAGAAUUCAAGCUGGAUGUUGGCUACAUCUAUGAUGAACCUGGCCAUGCUGUAAUGAGAAAAUGGCUCCUUCUCAGUGAUCCUGAGGACUCCAGCUCAGGAGCUAAAGGCUACCUGAAAGCCAGCAUGAUUGUCAUAGCAACUGGGGACGAACCACCUACUGAGAGGAAGGACAGAAAUGAGGAGCAGGAUGACAUAGAGAGCAAUCUUUUGGUCCCAGCUGGUGUUGCAAUGCGAUGGGCCACUCUGAGCCUCAAAGUCUACCGCGCAGAAGAUAUGCCACAGAUGGAUGAUGCGUUUGUUCAAUCGGUGAAACAAGUUUUUGGAGGGGAUGGAGAUCGGAAGAACUUGGUGGAUCCAUAUUUGGAAGUCAGCUUUGCUGGAAAAAAGCUGUGCACCAAAAUUAUAGAGAAAAACGCAAAUCCAGAGUGGAAUCAAAUGAUCAAUCUCCAAGUUAAGUUCCCGUCCAUGUGUGAACGCAUCAAGCUGACUGUUUAUGACUGGGAUCGUCUCACCAAGGAUGACGCCAUAGGAACAGCAUUUUUGAAUCUGAGCAAAAUGUCUUCUUCUGGUGCAGAGAUUGAAGACACACAGGCUGAAGGUGGCAGCAUGCUGUCGGAAUCGAGCACAACUGCAUCAGAGUUUGGUUUUCUGCCAGCGUUUGGGCCUUGUUACGUUAACCUGUACGGUAGUCCCAGAGAAUUUACCGCACUGAUCGACCCGUAUGAGGAACUCAACUUUGGCAAGGGUGAAGGUGUCGCCUACAGGGGAAGAGUCCUCGUUGAGCUGUCGACUCAGCUGGAUGGAAAAGUCGAUAAGAAUGUGGAUGACAUUUGCAGUGAUGACAUCCUUGUGGCACAGAAAUAUCAGCGGAGGAGGAAGUUCUCUCUCUGCGCUGUGUUCCACAGCGCAUGCAUGCUACAAGAACCAGGUGAGCCAGUCCAGUUUGAGGUCAGCAUCGGCAACUACGGCAACAAGCUGGACUCCACCUGCAUGCCUCUGGCAUCCACCACCCAGUACAGCUUUGCUGUAUUUGAUGGUAAUCACUACUAUUACCUGCCCUGGGCUGACACUAAGCCUGUUGUGAUCCUCACCUCAUACUGGGAGGACAUCAGUCACCGUCUAGACUGUGUCAACAUUCUGCUGUUCAUCGCUGAGAGACUGGAGUCUCAUCUUAUCUCUAUUAAAACAGCCAUCUUAGCCAAGGUGCCUGAGACACGUCUGGUUGAGAUUUGGCUCAAACUCAUCAAUCACAUGAUUGAGGACCUUAACAAGUUCCAGCUUCCCGCUGCUGGAGGGCCAGGCUAAUGUAACGGCACUGGAUCUCAGAUUAAAAGUCUCCGUGACGCGGCUGUGGAAAGCAUCAAGCAGACCUCCAUUCGCAUUCGAGAAGAGGCCACAGACGUCAAGGCCACUGUCAGUGACAUUGAAGACUGGUUGGAUAGAUUCAAGCAGCUGGCGGAGAGGUGAGGACCUCAAAACAGCAUGCCAGAUUGAUCAUCUGGAGUUGAGAGGGGGAAGCGGGUGGGCUUUGCACGAGUCUGCCCACGAAUCCUCUACUCUAACUUCAGCGAACAGGCCUGUGGCAAACACUGCGGCAAGACCCAGACCAUCUUCAUGCAGUACCCGAUGGACAGAAACAAAGGUGUGAAGAUCCCUGUGCAGCUGCGGGUCAACAUGUGGCUCGGCCUCUCUGCCAGUGAAAAGAAGUUCAACAGUUUCUCAGAGGGAAGCUUCAGUGUGUACGCUGAAAUGUAUGAGAACCAGGCCAAAGUGUUUGGGAAGUGGGGAACCACCGGUCUGGUUGGUCGCCAUAAAUUCUCUGAUGUUACUGGAAAAGUAAAACUCAAGCAAGAACGCUUUUUGCCACCGCGUGGAUGGGAAUGGGAAGAAGACUGGUUUGUUGAUCCUGAGCGCUGCCUGCUGACGGAGGCCGAUGCAGGUCACACGGAGUUCAUGGAUGAGGUUUUUCAGAAUGAGACACGUUUUCCUGGUGGGGAGUGGAAGCCCGCUGCAGAGCCUUACACGGACGUGAAUGGAGAACAGACUCACAGUCCACGAGAGUUUGAGUGUCCACCUGGAUGGACCUGGCUUGAUGAGUGGACCUUUGACAGCAACAGGGCUGUAGAUGAGAGAGGGUGGGAAUAUGGAGUGACCACCCCUGAUGAUAAGCCCAAAUCGUGGGUCGCGGCAGAGAAGAUGUACCACGUCCAUCGCAGGAAGAGACUCGUUAGGCCGAGGAAGAAGAUCUGUGAUAAAAAGGCUGCUGUUGAGAGGCGGGAGGCUGGUGAAGGCUGGGAAUACUCUUCACUGAUUGGCUGGAAGUUCCACAGAAAGGAACGCUCGUCUGACACGUUCCGCCGCCGUCGCUGGAGAAGAAAAAUGAUUCCAUCAGAUUGCGUCGGAGCCUCCGCCAUCUUCAAACUGGAAGGGGCAUUAGGCGUUGACGUGGAUGAAAAGGCCACUAAAACAGAUGCAGCUAAACGGUUUGGCGUCAACACCCCGACUGUUUCCUGCCACUUUAGCCGGUCUUACUUGUACCACCUGAGAGUGUACGUAUACCAGGGGAGGAACCUGUGUGCCAUGGACAAAGACAGUUUCUCAGAUCCCUACGCCCACGUGUCAUUCCUACACAUGAGUAAGACCACAGAAGUCAUCAGGGCUACUCUGAACCCCACGUGGGAUCAGACUCUCCUCUUUGAGGACAUUGAAAUCUAUGGAGACCCACAGACGGUUGCUCACAAUCCUCCUGAUGUGGUGUUGGAGCUGUAUGACAGCGAUCAAGUGGGUAAAGAUGAGACAAUGGGGCGCUGUACCUGUCCCCCAAUUGUGAAACUGAACCCCAGUGUGGCCGUCACCUCCAAGCUGCUGUGGUUUCCAGUCACAAAAAAGGGUCGCAGUGCCGGAGAAUUACUGGUAGCAGCUGAGCUCCUGCUGAAGGACAAAGCUUCUGAUGGAGAUCUGCCUUUGGUCCCUCCUCGGCGAGGGGAGAACCUCUACAUGGUGCCCCAGGGAAUCAGGCCUGUUGUGCAGCUUACUGCGAUCGAGGUGUUGACCUGGGGCUUGAGGAACAUGAAGACCUACCAGUUGGCCACAGUUUCUUCUCCCAGUUUGGUUGUGGAAUGUGGUGGUGAGGUUGUACAAACUGCUGUCAUUAGAAACUUCAAAAAGAACCCCAACUUUCCUGGAUCUGUGCUGAUGCUCAAAGUGCUCCUGCCAAAAGAGGAGAUGUACACACCUCCUGUUGUGCUGAAAGUGAUUGACCAUCGACCAUUUGGUAGGAAACCGAUAGUGGGUCAGUGCACCAUUGACUGCCUGGAGGAGUUCCGUUGUGACCCGUAUCGCAUCAACAGUGAAGUCAUGUCUGCUAAAGUGGCAAUGAUCACCGCUGCCCAGGGAGACAUUGUCAUAGACAUUGAAGACAUACCCAUUGUUAAAACUGAGCUGCUUCAAGCAGAAAAGGAGGAGGAGGCAGUCGACUGGUGGAGUAAGUUCUAUGCGUCUAUUGGACAACAGGAGAAGUGUGGGCCUUACCUCAAGAAGGGAUAUGACACCUUACAAGUGUAUGACUGUGAACUAGAAGAUGUCCCACAGUUCCAAGGACUCACUGAUUUUUGCAGCACUUUUAAACUUCAGCGAGGAAAGAGUGAAGAUGAGGAAGAUGAUCCCUCGGUGGUUGGAGAGUUCAAGGGCUCGUUUAAGAUUUAUCCACUGCCUGAUGACCCAGGGGUACCGGCUCCUCCCCGACAGUUCAGAGAGCUUCCUGAGAGCGGGCCUCAGGAGUGUCUCAUCAGAAUUUAUGUGGUGCGCUGUACGGACCUGCAGCCAAAAGAUGCAAACGGCAUGUGUGAUCCAUACAUUAAGAUUACACUGGGAAGAAAAACAGUGGAUGACAGAGAUAACUACAAACCAAACACCCUCAAUCCAGAGUUUGGGAGGAUGUUUGAGCUGUCCUGCUUCCUGCCUCAAGACAAGGACUUGAAGAUGGCCGUGUACGACUAUGAUUUACUGAGCAGAGAUGAAAAAGUGGGCGAGACCAUUAUUGAUUUGGAAAACAGACUCUUGUCCCGUUUCCGACCCUGCUGUGGCCUUCCACAGACUUACUGCAUCUCAGGAAUCAAUCAGUGGCGAGAUCAGCUGAAGCCUUCUCAGAUCCUCCAGAACGUGGCCCGGGUGAGAGGAGUGCGUCCUCCAUGCAUCGAGGCAGAUGGUCAAUCACUGUCUUUCUCUGGAAGGCAAUACAGCCUGCAAGAUUUUGAAACAAACUCUGUGAUCCACCAACACCUGGGCCCAGCCAGAGAGAGGCUCGCCCUUCAUGUCCUCAGGAACCAGAGCUUAGUACCAGAGCACGUGGAGACGAGGACGCUGUGCAGCUCCCACCAACCUAACCUUUCCCAGGGAAAAAUUCAAAUGUGGGUAGACAUUUUCCCCAAGAGCCUUGGUUUGCCAGGUCCUCCAUGUGAUAUCUCUCCACGCAAAGCCAAGAGGCAUUAUCUGCGGGCCAUCAUUUGGAACACAACCGAAGUCAUUCUGGAUGAACGAAGCGUCACUGGAGAAAACAUGAGUGACAUCUAUGUUAAAGGAUGGAUGCCAGGCAUGGAGGAGGACAAACAGAAGACGGAUGUCCACUACAGGUCUCUGGAUGGUGAUGGAAAUUUUAACUGGAGGUUCAUUUUUGGGUUUGACUACCUACCUGCGGAGCAGCUAUGUGUUGUCUCAAGGAAAGAGCACUUUUGGAAUUUGGACAAAACUGAAUUUAGAAUUCCUCCAAAGUUGAUUGUCCAGAUAUGGGACAAUGACAAAUUUUCCCUUGAUGACUACUUAGGUUCAGUUGAGUUGGACCUGUUGAAUCUGAUCCCACCUGCUAAAAGCCCUGAAAAGUGCAGCUUGAAGAUGCUUCCAGGAAUGCCCGGUUCUUCAAACUCCAAAAGACCACCACCCAACUCCCUCUUCUCCCAGAAGUCUGUGCGAGGCUGGUGGCCCUGUGCAAUUGAACAGGAUGGGAAACAUGUGCUGGGUGGUAAAGUAGAGAUGACGCUGGAAAUUGUGGAGGAGAAGGAGAUGGAGGAGAGACCUGCUGGAAAAGGCAGAGAUGAGCCCAAUAUGAAUCCCAAACUGGAUCAACCCAAUCGUCCUGACACAUCAUUCUUCUGGUUUACAAAUCCUUGUAAAACCAUGAAGUUCAUCAUUUGGCGCAGAUUCAGAUGGAUUUUCAUUGGAGUGAUUGUCCUCCUGCUGGUGAUCUUGUUCUUUGGCAUCCUGUUCUACUCUCUACCUAAUUACAUCUCCAUGAAAAUUGUCAAACCUUUCUCCUGAGGAGCACAGUGGCGCCGCCUGCCUUCCUGCUACGGAAGCAGCAGUUCUGCUCAAUAUCUCCAUCGUCUUACGAAUAUGCACAUGAUUUGCUGAGCCUGUGUUUGAGUUGGUUUAUAAUUUACCGUCCACAUAAUCAGAGGAAGUGGAUAUUGUUGUUGCACUUUCUGCAUUACAUGUUGCAUUGAAAUAUUUUCUGAAAUAUGAACAAUGGUCAAUUUUAAUAAAGUUUGAUACAAAAAUCAA